ACAGCCAUCACAACCGCCAUUGUCAACGCAAGCUGCUCCCCACCGUCAGCAUGAGCUCCCUCCGCGUCGCCAGAACCGCCCUCAGGGCCGCCCGCCCCGCCGCUUUCCGCGCGCCUUUCAUCGCCCAGCGCCGCGGCUACGCUGAGGCUGCCUCGGACAAGCUCAAGCUGUCCCUGGCUCUGCCGCACCAGUCCAUCUACAAGUCCUCCGAAGUCGUCCAGGUCAACAUUCCCGCUGAGACGGGCGACAUGGGUGUCCUGGCCAACCACAUCCCCAGCAUCGAGCAGCUGAAGCCCGGCCUCGUCGAGGUCAUCGAGGAGCAGGGCAGCAAGCAGUACUUCCUGUCGGGCGGCUUCGCCGUCGUCCAGCCCGACAACGCCCUCAGCAUAAACGCCGUCGAGGGCUUCCCUCUCGAGGACUUCUCCGCCGACGCCGUCCGCAGCCAGAUCGCCGAGGCGCAGAAGGUCGCGUCGGGCUCCGGCUCCGAGCAGGACAUUGCUGAGGCUAAGAUCGAGCUUGAGGUUCUUGAGAGCCUCCAGGCUGCUUUGAAAUAAGCGUAGCGUUACAUAGAUGUUGUGGAGCGUAGCUGUGUAUAGCAGGAGCAGGGCGUCGUCAUUGUCGCAUCAAUCGCGCCUUCUCCCAAUUCACGUCUUGAAGCAAGCGCAAUCGCAAUGCCAACACUGAAUUGUCCUUCCGUCGUCUGUCCGUCUGUCGCUCGCUCACACUCCCUCUCUUCUUCCAUGCCACGUCGUAUCGUACUUUUUGCUUCCUAUAUACGCCCCGUCAUU